AUGAGUCUUGUUACACAUCCCAGAAGUAUCACCAUUGAUAAUGCUGAUUCACGUAAUGCUUCCUUUGUAGACGACGUUAACACUGAAGAUGAACCUUUUUAUCGGGCCCUUCGUGGUAUUUCUCUUAGUGAUGACCAUAUGGCAGAAUCUUCAACAGAUAUGGAAAGAGGAGGUCGUCACCGGCGUGUCUCUUCAUAUGAUGAUAAGGAAAUGCAUCACAUACAGGAAGGAAAGAAGAAACAAUUAAAGAAGUUUAAUCCCAAUUAUCUAGAUCGUCUUACUGCACCCACUGUAGCCUCUAGGUCGAGGUCCCAGCAGAAGUACAAGGAUCAACUACGUGAGAUGAAAAAACAAGAAGCAUCAUCACAAAAACCUAUUUCACCUGUAGCAACUAAGGCAGGAAAGCGUUUGUAUGCUGAUGCUUUGGGAAAGAAAAAACAAUUAGAACGCCUUAGAGAGGAACAUGAAAAACUAAUGAAAGAGAAGGAAAUAGAACCGACAUUUCAACCGAAGAUAACAUCUUUAGCAAAACGUAUGGGUGCGGCAGGUUACGUACCCCCUCAUGAGCGUUACACGUUUACAAGUGAGAAACUAGCUAAAAAACGUUUACUACAGGAAAAAGAAAGAAUGGAACGAAUUACAGCUGGUUGUACAUUUCAUCCUAGUUUAACUUCUGCUUCAGAAAAAUUAGCUAAUAAACAACGUAAAAAUGAGCCAUUUGAUGAUGUUGGUGAGCGUCUUUUUUAUGAAGGUGGUAGACAACUUAUAAGACAGCAACUUCGAAAACGAAUAUUGGAGCAGAAUGCUGAAAAACGUGUCGUUGGUGCCUUUCAAAUUACACAACAGGCCGCAAAUGAGUUAUCUUCACGGUUAUUAAAAUGGAAAGAAGAAUGUGACCGUAACCGAGAAGCUGCGCAGAAGGCGUAUCUCUGUAGCAUUACGAAACAAAUUGGAUCUACAAAUAAAUUAAACUCGAGACGUGAAAAAGGUUAUUGUUGUUCUUGUUGUUGUGGUUCUUGUUCCUCUCAAAAACCAUCAUAUUCUAAAGCAAAAACAACGGAUAUACCAAUAGAGAAUGAACUUCGUCGAAUGCAUUGUCGGGCACUUUUUUUUAAGUAUGCUUCUUCAGAUAAAUCAUCGUCCGUAAAACUUGAGGAUGUGAAAAGACAAGUAAGGGAAUUAUUUCCAGAAGAUUCUAGUAUCGUAGCAGCAUUAAUAACUGAUUUUCGUGAUGGUGAACAAAUUAGUAGAUCAGAGUUUGUAGAAAGUCUUUUGCGUUUUGAACACUUGCAUGGUCCUCAACCAUGGGGUCAACCAUCAUGUGAAAAUGUGCGAACAGCUUUUGGAAAUUUAUUCAUACCACAAUUAUCACAAGUGUCACCACCGUUAUUUUCAACUGCACGUGAAAGGGUAAAGAAAGCAACAGAAACACGUAAACGAGCAAGCUCAGUUCAUGCAAUGCAUCCGAAGAAAAAAGAUAGUAUAAACAAUAAAAAUGGAAUAUUGCCCUUUUUACAUUCUCCAUCAUAUCGUCGAUCCUCAUCUGAAACAGUAUAUGAACGUCUUUCACGAAAUUCUGAUGUACGUUCUGAACGUCAUGAGCUUCAUCAUAAAAAGGAAAAUUUGGUAGGAAAUAAUGUACCAGGAAAAUUGCUUAGUAAAAAAUCUGCAGAAUUGAGUGCAUUGAAUAAUGAAAGACGUUCACUAGAUAGACAAGAAUUAGAGCUCCUCCGUAAGAAGGAACAGAUUUUGAAAGAACAACGCAAUUCUAUGCGUGAAAGUUCAUUACCACAAAAGUCUCAGGAGCGAUCACUAAGUCCAGGUAGUGUGGAACUAUCAAGCUUAACAGAGAACUGCGGCAGUACACCAAAUAUGAAACGCCCAGAAGAUAUUGUGGCUGAGUUAGAAGCGCUUAUGGGUACCCCUACAGAGCGUUCUUGUACUGCUUCUCCUCCCCAAUCUGCUGUACAUUAUGAUAAAGAAGGUAUAAGAAGCUCUCUUUCUUCUUCUUCUUUGCCAUCUGCACUGAGGCGUCGUGUAGGUUCUGGUCUUGGUCCUGUUCCCUUACCAUCUAAAGAAUCAGAAAGUGUUGGUUAUGCGGAGUCACAUAAAAGACGCAUGGCUCAAGAAAGAGUACUGAAGGAAAUUCAGGAGUUAUUAGGUGAGAGCCAAUAA